CAAAACUUUGUAAUGUUGUUAUAUAUAUAAUAUUAAUUGACAUUCUGGUUAUUAUUGUAUGUCGCAAUAUCAUCUUAUAUUUCUGAUUAUAGAAGUCAAAAGAAAUUAUAGAUUAAAAUAUACAUGACAACAAUUAUAAAGGAGGUAAUGGAUAGAAAACUGAGAGACAAGGGAAGAAAUAAACCCAGCCUCAGUAAUCUUCUUUGCAAAGGCGAUGAUCUUUCCAAAUUUCAAGUUCUAAAGAUCAAUGAGGAGAUAGGUUUUGGAGUGUUUGCUCUAACAGAUUUUUCCAUGGGAGAGUUCUUGAUGGAGUACAGAGGAAAUUGGAUUAGUCAAUGUGAUGUUCUUACUUUGCAAAGAAAGUAUGAAAACGAAAAUAUAGGAAGUUACAUUUAUUUUGACGUUGUUGAUAUUUUUGGAAAAAAAAAGUGUAUUGAUGCAACUAAUGUGGAUGGCAUUGGUAAACUUGUCAACGAUUCUCCAUCACGAUUGGCCAAUUCCAAAAUGCGCAGAGUGAUUGUAGGCAAUAGUGUUCACCUUUGUCUUUUUGCUACACGUCAUAUUACCGCCGGCACUGAAGUUAGGUAUAUGCUUUAAUUUUUGUCAAUGCUAUGUUUAAAAAAUGUCACUUAGAAGUUUUAAGUGUUAUUGCAAACCAGGAAGGUUUCACAGCUUAAAACAAAUUAUUCUUUAUUUUACUAUAUUUUAUAUAGAUAUGACUAUGGUGAGGAUCGUGCACAAUUACCUUGGC